UCGUGCUUGCUGUGGUGUCCGAGCAUGCAGAGAUACGCGGAUCGCGUUGCGCUGGUGACGGGGGCCAGCUGCGGCAUAGGAGCCGCCAUCACGCAGGAGCUGCUCAGGCAGGGACUCACUGUCGUUGGCUUGGCGCGGAGGGUCGACAGGGUCAAGGCGUUGGAGUUGCCAGAUGCCCCAGGAAAGCUGCACGCAAUCAAAGGGGACGUCAGCGAUGAAGAAAGCAUUCUCGCAGCCUUCAAGUGGAUAAAGGAUAACUUGUCGGGUGUUGAUGUCUUGGUCAAUAACGCUGGUAUCAUUGAAGAGAGCGAGCUGACAUCUGCACCUACGGAUUCCUGGAGACGCGUCCUGGACGUGAAUGUGCUGGGUCUGAGCAUCUGCACCAGAGAAGCAGUGCAGGACAUGUUGGCCAGAGGUGUCGACGACGGCUUCAUCAUCCACAUCAGCAGCUUGGCUGCUCACACUCCGCCGUACAACAGUGACCUGGCGAUGUAUUACGCAAGCAAACACGCAGUCAAUACGCUGUUGGAAGGCUUACGUAAAGAUUUGGUCGCCAGGGGCAGCAAGAUACGCGUUGGGGCGAUUUCUCCUGGGCUGGUGAAGACUGAGAUUUUCUCUCAUUCAAAGAAAAUAACUUCAGACAUCUUCAACGUAGCGCCUUGUCUUGAAGCAGAAGAUGUCGCAAAUGCCGUAGUUUACAUGUUGUCUCAACAUCCGCGUGUACAGGUUCACGAUAUUAUCAUCAAUGCUACAGGUAUGCCAUAGAUGAGGCAGCAUGUCUUUCUGGAAAUUUCCUUGGUUACAAAAGAAGCAUUAGUAAAGGAACUUCGGUCAACGAAAUUAGCAGUCUCCUGUGCUUAUUUUGCCUAUCUUAGACAAACAGCUUAAGCUUUUUAUUGCUCCAUCCCUGUCUGGAGUCAUCAGUGAAACAAGUUAUGGUGUACUAUGGAAAAAUCAUUCUCAGACUGUACAUGGUACCUGGUAGUUAAAACGAUAUCCUAGUCGUUCCUACUGUGCUAUAUAAAUUACUAUAGUAAAUUGGUCCUGAGCCCAACAUGUA